AAUCUUGAGAGAAUGUUACACUUGAAAAUUCUGACACACACAAUCACAAAAUAUACACUUUCCGAUUUCAAAAUCAAAUUUUUAAAGACAACGUUUUUCUUCAAAAUUCUUUACAAUCCGCCAUGAAAUGCUGCAGGGCACCCAAAGUACCACCUGAACAGAUUCCACACGAAGAACACUUAACAAUGGGACGCAUUUUCGACGAGGACUUCGAGUGUAUGCGUCGCAUGGCUCAGGGCAUUUGCCAGACACUGCGAAGGCCCAAGGAUCGGGAGCUAUGUCAGAGUAUUCUCAAUCAGUUGACCAAUUUCCAGCAAGUGGAAUCCGUGGCGGUGAAAAAGAAUGUACGAAAAUUUAUGAGUUUCUAUUUGAAGGUGUUGAGAUGGGCCCAAAAGUAUCAGCCUAUAGCUGUAUAUCGACAGUGGUAUGGCGAUUCGUUUCGCAAUGAUGUGAGCACUGCAGCUGGUAAUCCUGGAGAGAUACAUGUUUGGCUAGAUGAAGGACACUCGUACCUGGCCAUGAAAACCUUUGAAGAUGGUUCCGUUAUUAUGUACUCUGCUGUGGCCACAGAUCCCUCAGCCGGUUGGGUUGAAUCGGGCCUGAAAGCGUUGACCCAACUCCAGAGUGGUUGCCCACUUCGUUCAGAUGACAAAACUGAAUGUUAAAUUACAUUUUAAUAAUAUGUGAGAUAUAUAUUUCUUUAGGUGGACGGAACAAUACAAACAAAUUGAGACAGAAGAUAAUCCACGAUUUGACGGAAUGUGAUGACUAUGUGUGAUACGAAAUACAACAUAUUUUAAAUUAAUAAAUUACAAUGGUAUAAUUCCUUUUGAAA